AUGGUGUGGGUCGGGAGUCGCGUGGUGGCGUGGGCGGCGGUGUGGGUGAGUGUGGGCGUGCGUGGGAGUGUGGCGGCGUGUACAAUGGCGGAGUUCCCGUGCAAGAACAAGCAGUGUGUGAGUCUGGACCGGUACUGUGACGGCGUGCAGGACUGUAGCGACGGCAGUGAUGAACCCAAUGCUUGUUCACCGUGCAACAGGACUUACUACGGGCGAGUCGGGUCAACCUACACUCUGGAGGUGAACAAGCCGGAGAAGGGAACACUGCCGCACUUCUGCCAGCUGACUUUCAUUGCCUCAGGGGAUGUGUACGGCGAUCUGGUGCAGCUUAGCAUUGACAAGUUCAGUCUGGGCAGGUUCGAGUCGCACACCGCGGCGGGCUGCCCUGACGGCUAUAUGCAGAUCGAGGAGCUGAGCAGGCCCCUCAACGCGGGCUACUGGUGCGGGGACUCCUGGGGCCACAACGUGUUCUACUCGGAGACCUCGGCAGUGAGUCUCAUGAUCCGGGUGUUCACCAGGUUGGACGACGGCACCAAGGAUGGGCCCGCCGCCUUCUCCCCGCAAGAUUCCGUCAUGCUCCGGCUGUCAUACCGUUUCCUGCAGAAGGAGCGUGCGGUGCUACGGUAUGGCGCACCUUACAGCCCCAAGUACCGCGGCGAGGACGUGCCUAACACGUUCUGCGACAGAGUCUUCGAGAACUGCGACAAGAAGAACUGCAAGGUGCAGUCCCCGAACUUCCCCGGCAUGUACCCGCGUAACCUCACCUGCCACUUCCACAUCCGCCAGACGCGAGUGCCGGACGGCAAGGUGGCGCUCAUCCGCGUGCGGCAGCGCAACCCGCACCUCAUCUACAUCAAGGACCGCAACGCGCCGCACCUGUCGAGGGAACAGCAAAUGAAGGUCGGCGCGGCGUGCCACGUGCUACACGACUACCUCGUGGCUUAUGACGGCCGCACGACCCGCGCCGCCGUGCUGGCCACGCUGUGCAAGGGCGGCGCGCCCCUCAGCGGCAUCACUUCCAGCGGGUCUGACCUGCUGCUCGUCUUCCACGCCUCGCCCUUCGACUUUCCGUUUCAGGACUCGCCGCGCCGCCGUACCUUCGGCUUCGAGCUGGACGUGGAAGUGGAGUUCGUGGACCGCGCCAGCACGGCCUACGUGCGGCCCGGCGAGCUGUGCUCCCACGAGGUGAGCAGCCGCGGCCAGCGUAGCGGCUACCUGCAGGCGCCGGGACACUCCUUGCUGCCCAACACCACCUGCUGGUGGCGUCUGCUGGCCGAGCCCUCCGAGGUGGUGUGGCUCUACUUCCUGCACUACCGCCACGUGCACCACCCAGAGAUGCCACCCCCCGCCCACUGCUCCAACACCCUCACCAUCACCGACGGCGACCCCGCCACUGCCACCGCCGCGCCGCCAAACCUGCAUCACACCGCGCCACCAGACAACAUCACCCUGGGCCCUACGCUACUCGGCAGGUUCUGCCGCCCUGACAAGCUGCCGCGGUGCUCGGGCGUGCACGCCCCGGGCCCACACGCCGCGCCCUGCCCUCCCGCAGAGAGCUACGUGUCCUCCUCGCCGUCACUCACGCUCUCCCUCAGGUACGCGGCGGGCACGGCGCCCUCGCACAUAGAGUUUCUGGCGCGUUACGAGUUUGUGGACAAACGGCAGUGGGGGACUCCCACCCCCGGGGGCGGCCCGUGUGACCGCACCUUCACGCUGCGGCCGGAGGGACUCUUCGCCUCGCCGAGGGACGUAUUCUUGUUCGGGCGCGGUGGAUCGCGCAAGUUGCGUUGUGUGUACACAUUCGAAGCGGCGCCGCACCAACGGGUGGCGUUGCGCAUCAUCCGGUCACGCAUGGGCGCUGCGUGCAGCACGGAAUACCGCCACGCCUCGCUGCGGUACGAAUGCUCGCACGCCGGCGCGGAGGGACAGGCCGCCAUCUGGGUGCGGGAGCGGCCAUGGCAGGACGUGGCCAUGACGCGCGCCUGCCUGUGCGCCACGCCACGAGGUCGGCCCUUCUCGCUGCUGAGCUACACGCCUCGCCUGCAGCUGGUGUUCAGCGUGCCUGCCAUGACGGCGCACCACGACUACACACACUUCUUCUUCGAGGGCGAAUACUCCAUCGUAGACACCGCGCCGCAGGACGCCGCCUGCGACGCCACCGCGCGCCGCCUCUCGGGCCGCUUCGGGAACUUCACGGUAGGCGGGUCAGCGGAGAGCCUGGAGGGCGCCGCCAGCGACCCCUGCCUGGCGCUGCCUCGCCUCGUCACAGCUACGGAUGGCUCCUUCCUUUUUCUACGCCUACCGGGCCACUCCGCCACCCAGGAAUCAUGCGCCGCAACGGCGAGACUCAAUGUGUACGCGCCGGGAGGCCUGGCCCCCAUCGCCUCCGUGUGCCCCACUGCCAGCCACGCCUACACCGCAGUGUUCAGCAGCGGGUGGCGCAGCGCCCCAGGGAGCGGCAGGGGGUCAGGGCGCCAUCAGCAUCCAGGGCGGCGCCAACAAGAGACACGCGACCUGUUGCUGGAGGUGGCCGGCAAUGCUUCUGUGCCGCUCAGGGUAUCUUGGGUCAGCGUGUGGCGCCCUCUACAGACGGCGCCGCUGUCGCCCGCUGGUGCCGACCUGUGCCCGCACCGCUGCCCGGAGAUCAGCGCCUGCCUGCCACCGCAGCUGUGGUGCGACGGCGAGUCGCACUGCCCAGCUGGCACAGACGAGGGCGCGGCGGCGUGCGGCCUGCUGGCGGCCAUGCCCUGGGUGUACCUGGCGGCUGGCGGCGUGCUGGUGGCUUCGCUAGCGGCGCUGCUGGCCGCCGUGGUGGUGCACCGCCGCCGCUCGCAAGCAGUAAAGGCGGUGGCGGCGGCAGUGGUGGAGAACAACAGCCACGGCGUGAAGAGCGCCACACACGACCCGCUGCUGCCGCCUGAGAAGGACUCGUGGUGACGCCGCGCCCCGCCCCAAGACCUCGUCUGUGUGGACUACGAGACUACCGUGUAGGCCGGGGCGGGGCUGGCUGGCUGCACAUCACACACUUACACACACACACACACACACACACACACACACACCUAAACGUUUACCAACAUAAACAUUCACACACACACACACACACACACACACACACACACACACACACACACACACACACACACACACACACACACACACACACACACACACACACACACACAUACACACACACACACACACACACUAAAACUUCCACCUUAGGCAGUUCUUCCAUAGGCAAGUAUUUCUGUAGUGAGAAGAGGAGAGAAGGGGCGCAGUCCCACCCAUCCUUACCCCCGGGGCCCCGCAACACACACACACACACACACACACACACACACACACACACACACACACACACACACACACACACACACACACACAACAGCGCCAUCAAUCUCAGCGCCAGACAAUUCAAUCACAACUUUAAUACACCUUGCCGCUAAAUUCGCCAAUAUAUAAACCACAUCACCCCUCAUCAGAAAUUUCUUCAAGAAUUUCCCACCAAUAAAUUUCGAGUUAGGCCUACCCGCGCCCCGCCCCCCUUGUUUCCCCUGCUGAGGCCUAUUUAAGCGGUAGGCCUAAGCACGCUAUCAACACGGCGCCUCAUUAUGUCGCCACACACACAGGAACACAUAGAUGGUAGAUAAGAAUGAUAAUAAUGGUAACUGGAGCGAUGGUAGACUAAAAUGUGAAUAAAUAAAAAACACACUAAACGCAAUAAUUCAUAAUAUAUACGUACGUGCGUAGGUUUAAUUGAAAUGAGUAACUUUUUUAGAUCAGAUAAAUGAAUAAAUUAUAAGUUUUUUAGAGGCAAUACUGAAGAGAAAUAAUAAUCGUUUUGUAUUUUGCGUAUGUUGUAAUCUCACAAAUAAAGACAAUGACAGAAAUAAUAAAACACGAACAAAACAAACACAACCCAACCAAACACUACCUCCUUAAUCUCGUUUUCUUUACAAAUGCUUAGAGAAAAAUCAAGUCUCCCAUUUUCUUUAUAGCCUUACUCGUGUUCUUUCACAGUUGCGCAAGGACAGACUAAACUAAACUGAGCCAAAUAACCUAAAGAACUUAAACGAGCUAAGAUUAACUCAAACUAUAAUGAACUAAACUAACGAAACUUUAAGCAAACCGAAGCAAAGUGACCUGAACUGAAUUAAACUUAAACUGAACUGAACUAAACGGAAAUAAAAAGGAACUAAACUUAAUCAAACUGAGCUAAAACUUAACUAAGCUGAAAUAAGUUAAACUAAUCUGAACUGAACUGAGCUAAAACUGCAGUAGAUUGAAUUGAACUUAGAUAAACUGGAAUAAACUUCAUUAUAACUGAACUAAAUUGACCUAACCAGAAAAUUAAACAACACUGAACUUAAAUCGACUGAACUAAACUGAACAAAAUAUAACUUAACUGAAUGAUCAACCUUAGCUAAUCUAAACUCAAAUUAGGCAAACCGAAUUACUAAACUGAAAUUCAACUUAACUAAUCGUAAGUAAAAAUAACUAAACCGCGCUAAACCAGUGGUCAAACUUAACAAAGCUCAAGUAAAAAAUAAAUUGUCAAGUGAACCAGGGUCAAACUUAACAAAUCUGAGGUGAAACUUAAAUGAACUAAAUUAGGGUAAAGCUGAACUAAAUGGAACUAAAAUUAUCUAAACCAAGAUGAAAUUGAACUAAACUGUACUAAAACUUCACUAAACUGAACAAAACCUCAACAAAACUGAACUAAAGCUUAAUUAAAUUGAAUCAAACUUAACUAAACUUAUCUAAGCUUAACAAAAAUUAACUUAACUCAACCAAACUGAACAAAAAACAAAUAAACCCAACCGUGAGCUAAAAUUUAACUGAAGUUUAAUAAAUGCUGAGACAAUCUAAGACAAACACUGAGACAAGACAACGCUGAGACAAACUAAGACGAACACUGAGACAAGACAACGCUAAGACAAAUUAAGACAAGAACUGAGACAAAUUAAGGACACUGAGACAAACUAAGACGAACACUGAGAUAAGACAACGCUAAGACAAAUUAAGACAAGAACUGAGACAAAUUAAGGACACUGAGACAAACUAAGACGAACACUGAGACAAGACAACACUGAGACAACAAUGAGACAAACUAAGACGAACACUGAGACAAGACAACUCUGAGACAAACUGAGACGAACACUGAGACAACACUGAGACAAACUAAGACGAACACUGAGCCAAGACAACACUGAGACAAACUAAGACGAACACUGAGACGAGACAACACUGAGACAAACUAAGACGAACACUGAGAUAAGACAACGCUGAGACAAACUAAGACGAACACUGAGACAAGACAACACUAAGACAAACUAAGAUGAACACUGAGACAAGACAACGCUGAGACAAACUAAGACGAACACUGAGACAAGACAACACUGAGACAAACUGAGACGAACACUGAGACAACACUGAGACAAACUAAGACGAACACUGAGACAAGACAACACUGAGACAAACUAAGACGAACACUGAGACAAGACAACACUGAGACAAACUAAGACAAACACUGAGACAACACUGAGACAAACUAAGACGAACAUUGAGACAAGACAACACUGAGACAAACUAAGACGAACACUGAGACAAGACAACACUGAGACAACUAAGACGAACACUGAGACAACACUGAGACAAACUAAGACGAACACUGAGACAACAAUGAGACAAACUAAGACGAACACUGAGACAAGACAACUCUGAGACAAACUGAGGCGAACACUGAGACAACACUGAGACAAACUAAGACGAACACUGAGACAAACUAAGACGAACACUGAGCCAAGACAACACUGAGACAAACUAAGAUGAACACUGAGACAAAAUAAGACGAACACUGAGACAAGACAACACUGAGACAAAUUAAGAC